AUGACAGUUCAGUUCCUAGAGGCCGAGACAUCUCAUGUUGUUUCGCCUGAUCCCGUUGUUGCUGUUGCUGAUGAUGAUGUCAUUCUACCAUGUUCCCUGUUGAAUUUCACCAAGACUGCUGGCUUGAUAGUGAAAUGGUCGAUAUCCAACCUGAAAGACCCAACUAGGAAAGACAAGGUUGUCCAUUUUUACCGUGACGCUCGUGACUCCAAUGUGGAUCAGGAUGAAUCCUAUAGGGGAAGGACGUCACUGUAUAAAGAACUGAAGAAUGGCAACGUCUCCUUAAAACUGUCCCGAGUGAAACUCUCUGAUGAAGGCAACUACAGGUGUUACAUUCUAGUUCAGGAACCGAACAGUCUAGUUCAUGAAACCGUCAUUCAACUCAUUGUUGUUGCUGUGUCCAACCCAGUGAUCUACAUCAAUGGAACCAAAGGCAGUGGGGUGGUCCUGAAGUGUGAGGCUAAAAGCUGGUACCCCAAACCCGAGAUGAACUGGCUGGACAGUGAGAGACAGGUCCUCCCUGCUGGAUCCGCUGAGACACACAGGGACACAGAGGGCCUCUACAUUGUGAGACGCCAUGUCACCGUGAACAAGAAUGUCACCAACACGUUCACCUGUAGAGUUCAGCUUCAAAAGUUGAAUUUUAGGAGGGAGACAGAGUACAAUGUUCCAGGUGAGCUUCUUCUAUUGAGAAAAAUAAAAACACAGUACAUUAGUGACAUCACACCUUCCCUAAGAUGUCUAAAGGCAGCUGUCGCUCACAGAGUGACAGACUACUCUAUUGGCUAA